GCCGGGGAGUUUUCUGCGGCGGACGCGUCUCUCCUUAGCGCUCAGUGGAGCCCAGGUGUUCCCGCUUUCCCGGUCCGCUAGCCAGCGUCUACCCCGCCGACAUGUCGGGGUUCAGCCCGGAGCUUAUCGACUACCUAGAAGGCAAAAUCUCCUUCGAAGAGUUCGAAAGGCGGAGAGAAGAGAGAAAAACCCGGGAGAAGAAAAGCGUUCCAGAAAAAGGAAAACCAUCACCCCAAGAAAACCCGGAAGUCCCAUCAUCAUCAGGAAUUGACUCUGCCAAAUCCCAGGACAAAGAUGCCAAUGAAGGAGAAACAUCCGAUGGAGUGAGUAAGUCAGUUCACAAAGUGUUUGCUUCCAUGCUCGGAGAGACUGAAGAUGAUGAAGAAGAAGAGGAAGAAGAAGAGGAGGAGGAGGAAACUCCUGAGCAACCCACCGCAGGCGAUGUGUUUAUGUUGGAGAUGGUUCUCAACCGUGAAACCAAGAAAAUGAUGAAAGAGAAGAGGCCUCGGAGUAAACUUCCCAGAGCCCUGAGAGGUCUCAUGGGCGAAGCCAAUAUCCGCUUUGCUCGAGGAGAACAUGAAGAGGCCAUAUUGAUGUGCAUGGAAAUCAUAAGACAAGCUCCUUUGGCUUACGAGCCAUUCUCUACGCUUGCCAUGAUAUACGAGGACCAAGGUGACAUGGAGAAGUCGCUGCAGUUUGAGUUGAUUGCUGCACAUUUAAACCCCAGUGACACAGAAGAGUGGGUUAGGCUGGCAGAAAUGUCUCUGGAACAAGACAAUAUUAAGCAGGCUAUUUUUUGCUAUACAAAAGCUCUUAAAUAUGAACCUACUAAUGUCCGUUACCUAUGGGAGAGAUCAAGCCUGUACGAGCAGAUGGGUGAUCAUAAAAUGGCCAUGGAUGGCUAUAGGCGUAUUUUAAAUCUUCUGUCUCCGUCUGAUGGAGAACGCUUUAUGCAGUUGGCCAGAGAUAUGGCAAAGGCUCAGACUCUGGAAAGUGAGGUGUAUCUGCACGGGGCUCAGAUGCUGGAAAGUGAGGUGUAUCUGCACGGGGCUCAGACUCUGGAAAGUGAGGUGUAUCUGCACGGGGCUCAGAUGCUGGAAAGUGAGGUCUGGGCUAAUGUCUGGGCUAAGUCGAUACUAGGAACAAGGCAGGAUGAGCACAAACACAGACAGACUGGAAGAGGAAAGAAGCCGCUGACCGUGCUGUCGAGAGUGAGCACUGACUGGGUCUCCCCUAGAGCUGUGGAAAUGGCAUCUUGUGUACAGGCUGAAGCCGCCUUCGGUGGCUUUGCAUGCGAGCUUGCAUGCAGGAAUGAACGCCUUGUCUGUUGGUCCCCAGCUGCUGAGACAGUCACCUGUUCUAUCCCUGAGAGUGUGCCCAUAGACAUCACGGUGAAGCUGAUGGUCUGCCUGGUGCAUCUCAACAUCCUCGAGCCACUCAACCCUCUCUUGACAACACUGGUGGAACAGAACCCUGAAGAUAUGGGCGACCUCUAUCUGGAUGUGGCUGAAGCCUUUCUGGAUGUGGGUGAAUACAACUCUGCACUUCCCCUGCUCAGCGCGCUGGUCUGCUCUGAAAGAUACAACCUUGCAGUGGUUUGGCUUCGGCAUGCAGAAUGUUUGAAGGCCUUGGGCUACAUGGAGCGCGCUGCCGAGAGCUAUAGCAAAGUGGUUGAUCUGGCCCCACUCCACUUGGAUGCAAGAAUCUCACUUUCCAUCCUCCAGCAGCAGCUGGGUCGUCCCGAGAAAGCCCUGGAAGCUCUGGAGCCGAUGUAUGACCCGGACACAUUAGCCCAGGAAGCCAAUGCCGCACAGCAGGAACUGAAGCUGCUGCUUCACCGGUCUACGCUGUUAUUCUCUCAAGGGAAAAUGUACGGUUACCUGGACACCUUACUAACCAUGCUGGCCAUGCUGCUGAAGGUCGCAAUGAACAGAGCCCAGGUUUGUUUGAUAUCCAGUUCCAAAUCUGGAGAAAGGCAUCUCUACCUUAUUAAAGUGUCAAGAGAUAAAAUAUCAGACAACAAUGAACAGGAAACAUCAAAUUAUGAUGCAAAAGCAAUAUUUGCUGUGCUCACGAGUGUCUUGCCCAAAGAUGACUGGUGGAACCUUCUCUUGAAGGCCAUCUACACCUUGAGUGACUUAGCCCGGUUCCAGGAAGCCGAGCUGCUCGUGGACUCCUCACUGGAGUACUACUCGUUCUAUGACGACAGGCAGAAGCGGAAGGAGCUGGAGUACUUAGGUCUGUCUGCUGCUAUUCUGGACAAGAAUUUCAGAAAGGCCUAUGACUACAUCAGGGUGAUGGUGAUGGAAAACGUCAACAAACCCCAGCUCUGGAAUAUCUUCAACCAAGUCACCAUGCACUCCCAAGACGUAAGACAUCAUCGCUUCUGCCUCCGUCUGAUGCUGAAAAACCCAGAAAAUCAUGCUCUGUGCGUUCUAAAUGGACACAACGCAUUUGUAUCUGGGAGCUUCAAACACGCACUUGGGCAGUAUGUGCAAGCCUUCCGUGCCUGCCCCAGCGAGCCCCUGUACAACCUCUGCAUCGGCCUCACCUUCAUCCACAUGGCGUCUCAGAAGUAUGUGCUCAAGAGACACGCUCUGACCGUGCAGGGCUUCUCCUUCCUUAAUCGAUACCUCAGCAUACGUGGGCCUUGCCAGGAAUCCUUCUACAAUUUGGGCCGUGGCCUCCAUCAGCUGGGACUGACUCACCUUGCAAUCCACUAUUACCAGAAGGCUCUGGCACUCCCUCCGCUCGUGGUAGAGGGCAUAGAAGCUGACCAGUUAGACCUUCGGAGAGACAUUGCCUACAACAUGUCUCUCAUCUAUCAGAGCAGCGGGAACACGGCCAUGGCUCAGAGGCUUCUGUACACCUACUGUGUCAUAUAAGCCCGCAGACCGAGAGAGGUGCGGGGACCCGUGUCUUCUAGUGAGACUUUCCAGAUGGUGCUGUCCUCACAGCCAUAGCGGUGAGGCUGGGGUGGGGCUCAGCUCUAGAGUGCCUGAUUACUGUAUGCACGAGGCCCCAGAUUCGAGCCACAAGCCUUUAGAAACCAAAACAUUGUUUGCAGUGUUACCAUUCCCGUGAGGGUGUGCAGAGUACUCUGUUACCUCUCUUCAGCGUUCUACAGAAAAUUAUUCCCAGUGCUGAAACGGACACAGUCUCUGAGACAGUUGGAACCGAACGUUAUUUUUCCAUUUAGUGUCUGCUAAGCUCCUGUGUGGGAGACAGAUGUGUUGUCCUCGAGGCAUUGCAGAGUCCACUGCUGAGAAUCAGCAUGAGUACAGCUGUUUUAUCUACUUAUUUUCUUGUGCAGUCUAUCGAACCCAGGUCUGGUACCAUGCUAAGCAAGCAAGUGCUCUACCACUGAGCUACAUGCUCAGCCUUACAGUUCAAGUGUGAACAUACGUGAACAUACAGUCUCUGCAGGGAACAAUUCCUGCAUUUCUGGACAGUGUCAUUGCUGUCCAAAUACACAGCAAAGGAGGGAGCUUACUAAAGAAGAAGCAGAUUUGGAUUCUUACAGUGAUGUAAUUACUUACAGCCAUCACCUAACAACUAAUUAAGAUGCUUUUAUAGGAAGACAAUGAAUCGAUUCAUUUCACAUUCAUUUGUGAGUAUGUUAGUUUUAGAGCAUGAGCCUUGGGCCUGCGCUUAAUUCGAAGCCCAGCACGCCAAGGAAAAACAGUCAGUGCAUCUGGCUUCCCAGUGGAGAGAAGUGGUCAUCUUACCAUGUUCACGUACUAGUUAGUACAUGUGCAUCCCAGUGCAGGUCACUCCCAGGCAACUACAGAUUGCGGAAGCUGGACAUUUGAAAUAAAGGGUUGAUAAAGUUUCAAGAUAUUUUAUGUCAUUGCAUGUUGUUGAAUCUCAGAUCAAAACAUGUGCUAGAUAUACUGUUUCAAUAAAAAGAGCUUCUGUGGAAAUGCUGUAAUGUAUGAUUGAUUCUAGAACCAAUCCAGUGUUGAGAUUGAAGGUUAAAAUACAACGGAGACUUUUUCAGGAGUUCUCACCCCUCUUUGUACUGUAUAUUCAACUUCCUGAGAAGCAGAGUUUGUAUAUAAUUAGGAAAUGCAUCUUGUAUUCUGUAUGUAUCUACAUAUAAAUAAAUCCUUUUUAAAAUUUU